AUGACUUCUACUGCGAAUCGAGGCGGUUAUCGCCAAAUUAACAAGACACUUAACAUUUGUGUCUUUGAAAAUUACCUUGACAUACAGCAAUCUCGUUUGCCUCAUCUAAACGAUGUAGAACAGCUCGGCCCAAGGGUAAUUCGAGUGCUGGGCCAGAAUCGAGGAAAGUCGGCACUGGUUCGAAGAGGCUCAUUAUCGAUACCGGCCAAGGGAUUCCGGAAUGGGCAGAGAUUCAGUGUCGAAGGCGCAACAAUUCGUGCGGUCCAUUCUCCAGGUCACUCUCAUGACCAUAUGUGCUUUAUUCUUGAGGAAGAGAAUGCAAUGUUCACAGGGGAUAAUGUCCUCGGUCAUGGUACUAGUGCUGUCGAGCUUUUGAGCCUCUGGAUGUCCUCACUGCGCAAGAUGCAAUCUCAUAAUUGUGCUGUGGGAUAUCCUGCGCACGGAGAAGUCAUCACCGACCUCCCUGCUAAGAUCAAUGGCGAAUUAGCUCAGAAGGCAAGACGCGAAAGGCAGGUCUUGCAGACAUUAAGUCGAAUCAAGCGAGAAGAAAGGAGCGCCGGCCGGGGGAAAGGGAGCGUGACAGUCAAGCAACUUGUGACUGCAAUGCACGGGGAUGAACUAGACAGCGAAGUAAGGGAGUUGGCAUUGGAACCGUUCAUUGAUGAAGUACUACGAAAGCUGGCUGAAGAGGACAAGGUAGCAUUUGAACUCAGAAGAGGGGAGAAGAGGUGGUUUGGAGUAGAUUUCACGUAA